AUGGCUGUUGGUCUUCGCUUCCGAUUCCUGAACGGCAAUCAGCCGCUGGCCGUGUACUUCUACGCCGUGCCGCGCCUGUGCUUGCACAUCAUGGGCUACUGGCCCGAGCAGCUGCAUCGGCGGGCAUUCGUCAACUUUGUGGUGCUGGCCAUUGGCGUGGCCACCGAGCUGCAUGCCGGCUUUCGGUUUGCGCGCCUGGGCGAGAUAACACUCGCCUUGGAGACAUUCUGUCCGGCCGGCACCUCGGCGGUCACCCUGCUGAAAAUGUUCUUCAUGCUGCGCUAUCGUAAGGACCUGCUCUACGUGCUGAACAAGCAGCGCGCGAUGCUGUUCCCCGUCGGCGGCCAGGGCCCGGCUAAGGAGCAGGUGAUGCAACAUCAUUUCCUAAUGACAUGUCGCUUCAACUUUUGGGCUCUCUCCGCUGGCUUCUUCACCUGCACCAUGUACAAUCUGAAGCCGCUGCUGAUUGUCCUGCUGCUCCACCUGAAGGGACGCGCCGAUGAAAUUAUCUGGAGCACGCCCUUCAACAUGACCAUGCCCAGUUGGCUCUUCAAUGCUCCGUACUUUCCGCUCACCUACGUGUUCAUUGCCUACACGGGUUACGUGACCAUCUUCAUGUUCGGGGGCUGUGACGCCUUCUACUUUGAGUUCUGCGUGAACAUCGCCACGCUCUUAAAUUUCCUGCAGUCGGACAUUCGCACGCUCUUUCGACCCUACAGAUAUCUGUUGCAGAUAAACGGCUUCAGUGGCGCAGUCUUCGAGUCGGGUUUUGUGAAGCUGAUCAAGCGCCAGAAUGAGAUCUUCGAGCUGACGCACUUCUUCAGGCAACGCUAUGCGAUCAUCACGUUGGCCCACUUCGUCUCAGCCAGCUUGGUGAUCGGCUUCAGCAUCUUCGAUCUGCUGACCGUCGGCGACGGCGGCCUGGCCAUCUUGCUCUACGUGGGCUACACUGUGGCCGCCCUCAGCCAGCUGCUCAUCUACUGCUACGGCGGCACUCUGGUCACCGAGAGUAGCGUUCACCUGGCCAGCGUCAUGGGCACCUGUCCCUGGUAUCAGUGCUCGCCCAAGCAUCGCCUCUACAUACAUCUGUUCAUCAUGCGCUCGCAGCGCGCUCUCACAAUGGACGUGCCGUUCUUCUCGCCCUCCCUGGUCACCUUUACCGCAAUACUGCAGACAUCUGGUUCCAUUAUUGCGCUGGCCAAAUCCUUUCAGUCCUAG